AGCCCGGUGACAAGAACAGCCAUUCCGCUCCUGUGUGCGAAUGAAGAAGCCACGUCUGAAUCAACACCACCAUGCCGGGUCUUCGACGAGUGCACUGUUUUUGCGAACACCCCGUCGCAGGCGUCAACUGGCGACCGACUCGCUUUGUCGAGGAAGUGCCCAGCUCGCGCGUUUGUGGCCUCUGCCGCAUGAUUCCCAAGCGGAUAAAGGUGCUUCCGUGCGGCCACCUUCUAUGCCAGUCGUGCCACGCAACUACCCAAGGAUCCCGUGGGCGGUGUCCCUUGGAUCAAGAGCCGUUCGAGGAACCUGAAUGUGACAGCUAUGAUUUGCCUACCAGAAAAGCGAACGCCUUGAAGGUAUACUGCUGGAAUAAAGGACAUGGAUGCGAAUUCGAGGGAUCCAUGGAAGAUAUGCUACGACACUACGAGAAUGAGUGCACAUGGCACACCGUGGAGUGUUUGCGAUGUUGCGAGGAAGUCCUGCACAGGAACCUAUCAACACACUACGUGGCCGGAUGCAGAGCCCUUGUUUCUUCAGCACGCGCAGGUAACGCGUCCUCGGACUCUCAAGUAUUGACCCUUCAAGAAGUGACGGCUGCUCUCGGAGAACUGAAGAUGCUCAUCAGGGACGCCAAUCACGAGCAGCUGCUACCUGCGAUCCAGAGUCAAUGAAUGAGCUGAUUGAGCAGAUCCGGAACCAGGAGUCCAGGUCGGCCGUGAUCACGCGCAGUGUGUCCGCAGCUGCAACGUCAGAGUUGGCUCAAGUCACAGCAGCGAGUACCUCGACCUCGUUGCAACAGGGAACUAUUCGGCAGAAUCCGACUGAGGAAGCAGGCACACCAUCGAGCUCUCGGUCCUGCUCGGAGCAGACGUCGAUGCCUCGACAGCUGGAGCCCCUAGUGGACCUGCCGCGAGAUGUUCUCCAAGCCAUGCGCAAAACAUCCUCGCAAGAUUAUCCUCAGCACGCCAUUACUUAUAUUUUUGGAAGUUUUAAAUGUCAUUUAGGGUUAGCCGGACUGCUGUCAACGGCAGUCACGUGGAGGGAAGUGUUUGGAACCGUGAAAUGUAUUCUGUCGCUCUCAAAUGUA